AUGUCUCCGCAGAGGACCCCGCGGAGCAAUUUUCGGUAUUUUCCCAAAUUUGCAAUACCCACUUUGGCUACCCUUUUGAGGUUUUGUUUCCUAGUAAACGUCGGCGCCGUCGCUCCAUAUAGGAUUGUAAAAGCAAAAUCGGAUUGCUGUAAUGAGAACUGGGAAACAGCCAUCGGGCCCCAUUUCUUUUUCAACAUAGAAAAUUCUUCAAUCACCAACAUGAAUACCGAAUCAUCCUCGAGUACAAAAUGGGUCUCUGAUCAAAGUCCAGUUCAUUCUGAUGUGGAGGACAAGCUGAGGCGCCUGUUGGUCGAAUUAGGGAAUGCUGGUAGAAUACUUGGAAUCCAGGUUUGUGCAUACAAAGAAGGGAAAGUGAUCAUUGAUACUGCAGCUGGAGUCAUGGGAAAUGAUGACCCUCGUCCAGUUCAGCCCGAUACCUUAUUUUCUGUUUUCUCUGCUACUAAGGGUGUCACAGCAGGAAUGAUGCAUUGGCUAGCCGAUAAAGGGAAAAUGAAGCUUGACGAAAAUGUUGCAAAACUUUGGCCGGAGUUUGGUACAAAUGGAAAAGAUCAUAUAAAGGUUCAUCAUAUACUAAAUCAUACAUCUGGUCUUCACAAUGCUCUUUCAGACAUUUAUCAAGAAGAUCCUAUGUUACUUUGCGAUUGGGAUGCGUGUAUAAAACGAAUUGCAAAGGUUGCUCCAGAAACCGAACCUGGUCGUGAACAGAUAUAUCAUUUUCUAUCAUAUGGUUGGCUAUGUGGUGGAAUCAUUGAGCAUGCAUCCGGGAAGAAAUUCCAGGAUAUUCUUGAGGAAGCUUUUGUACGUCCACUUAACGUGGAAGGCGAGUUUUAUAUAGGGAUUCCUCCUGGUGUAGAAUCACGUAUGGCAACUCUUACGUUAGAUAUAACUGAAUUUACUAGGAACGCUGUUGCAACCGCUACCACCAUCAAACAACCUUACGGCGCCAUGCCUUCAUCCCUCUCGCCGGAAAUCCUUGCAAGCUUCAUUCCUUUGUCCAACACUCUUAAUGUCCGCCGUGCCAUACUACCAGCCGCCAACGGCCACUUCUCUGCCCGUGCUUUGGCCCGCUACUAUGCCACCCUCGUGGACGGCGGCACAGUCCCUCCACCCCACUCCUCCUCCCUCCCACUACUUGGAAGCCACCCCCACCACCCCACAUUCCCCUCCAAUAACCCGAAAGAUUCCAACUCCAAUACCUACAACCAACAUUCCAACCCUAAAAUUUUUGACAAUCCAAAAUCUAAAAUUCAUGACGCAUUCUUGGGAUGUGGAGAUUAUGAGGAUUUAAUCUGUUCGAAUGGGAAAUUUGGGCUCGGGUUUAAGAGGGUCACUAGAACCGAGGGCUCGGUAUUUGGGUUCGGUCACGCGGGCUUCGGUGGGUCAACUGGAUAUUGCGAUAUAAACAACCGGUUUGCUAUUAGUGUGACAUUAAACCAGUUGUCUGGUGGGGUUUUGACCGGGGAGAUAAUCCGUUUUGUUUGCUCGGAACUUGAUCUUCCGGUACCUGAAUAUUAUACGGUAUCUCAGGAGUUCAUUGACAAACUUGUGAUCAAUUAAAGAGUGUUUGAUCAAAAUGUGCUCAUAUACAUAUUUGUAUUAAUUUUGAGGUAACCUUUAUCAUACAUGUAUGUUUACACAAACUUGGUUGAAUUUGUUUGUAAUUAAGGGAGUAUACAUUUGUUGUAAGUGUGG